UCUCUGUUUCCAUGCCCUGAUCUGAGAGCCAUUUUGCUUAUCAUUUUGGCACUACCAAACUAAGAGAACCAGUGACUCCAGCGAUGCAAGAACAACCGGUCAUUAUCGUCGGGGCCGGCCCCUCUGGCCUGGCCACGGCGGCCUGCCUUAAACUACAAUCAAUCCCUUACAUAAUCCUUGAAAGAGAAGAUUGUUUUGCUUCUCUUUGGAAGAAAUAUGCCUAUGAUCGCCUCCACCUUCACUUAGACAAGCAAUUCUGUGUGCUUCCUCAUAUGCCAUUUCCCGACUCUUAUCCAAGAUUUAUCUCCAAAGAACAAUUCAUAAGCUACUUGGAUGAUUACGUUUCUUAUUUUGAGAUCAGUCCUUUGUACCGGAGAUGCGUCGUGUUGGCCAAGUUCGAUGAAGCAAGCAAGAAAUGGAUUGUUAAGGCCAGGAACUUGAGUUCUGGUGAGGUUGAGGAGUUCACAGGGAGGUUUUUGGCCGUCGCUAGUGGAGAAACAAGCAACCCUUAUAAACCUGAGAUUGAAGGAUUGAAUACAUUCCCUGGAAAUGUUCUCCAUUCAACCCAGUUCAGAAAUGGCAAGGCUUUUAGAGAUCAUAAUGUUUUGGUUGUUGGAUCAGGCAAUUCUGGCAUGGAGAUCGCACUGGACCUGGCAAAUCACGGUGCCAAAACAUCUAUAGUUGUGCGCAGCCCGGUUCACAUUCUUUCCAAGGGGAUGGUGUACUUGGGGUUAAUUCUUUUGAAGUAUAUUCCAGUUAACAUGGUGGACUCGUUGAUGGUCAUGCUCAGCAAGCUUGUUUACGGGGACUUGACCAAGUAUGGAAUUACCAGACCUAAGCAGGGUCCAUUUUUCAUGAAAGUUGCCUAUGGCAAGUACCCUGUUUUUGAUGUAGGAACCCAUAACAAGAUCAAGUCCCGGAAGAUUCAGGUAUUGCCAGCUAUAUCGAGUAUAAGAGACAACGAGGUGGUGUUCGAGAACGGCAAAACACAUUCCUUUGACGCAAUUGUCUUAUGCACUGGCUUCAAGCGGUCCACAAAUAUCUGGCUUGAGGGAGAUGAUUACCUGCUGAAUGAUGAUGGAAUUCCUAAACCGAGUUUCCCAAACCAUUGGAAGGGAAAGAAUGGUUUGUACUGCGUUGGAUUGUCGAGAAGAGGAUUGUAUGGGGCUAGCGCUGAUGCGGAGAACAUAGCCAAUGAUAUCAACUCACUUCUGUAAUGGAAUCAUUCCAUUGAACGAGGAAUCAUAUACCAAGUAUAAUUUAUUUGUAACGAUUGAAAUUUUCCUUCAUUUCAGGUCCCUAGAACUAGAAAGAAGGAAUAUAUACAUACAUAUAUGCCCUUGUCUUGAACAUGUCAUGGUAUUGGAGUAAAAAGGCAAUGUAUGUUACUACAACUUUUAUAGCUACCAAAUUCUGGAAAUUACUUGCCAUGUCUGCACGGUUCAAGAUUUUGCUGCUCAAACCUCACAAUAACCAUAUGAAUUAUGUUGACUGUUCAAUGAUUAAAAAAUGAAUUUUUUGUGUUAUAUAGUAUUACUCGAGAGGAAUAAAAAAUUCUUCCAAGUAAAACACAUUUUUGUGAAUUGUGACUUUGUGCCUAUGUACAUAUGCAUGCAUCUAUAUUUGAAUGCAUGUGUCGAAUAUGUAACAAGAUGGAGGCACGAUAUAAACCGUUUUAACCAAACCGAGGUUGUGCUGCUUCAAGCCAUCAUUAUGAAUAAUCACUUUCUCUGUUAUUCGAGAGAGAUGCGAGUACCACGCGAGCAGGCUUUAACGUGGCCUGAGCGAGUUCCUCGAUGGGAAAAGGAUGGUAUCCUUUACACAGAAAAGAAUGUCUGCAUGCACAGUGGUUGACCAAAAAACU